UCAUUUUUAUGUUGAAUGAAAGAAUUUUUUAUUUAUUUAUUAGUGUGUUAUACAUUUUUGACCUUUGAAAAAGUUAUAUUUACAUAAAAACAUGGCAAAACAAAAGUCACACAAAGACAAACGUGAGUUGCCGGAAUACCUGUUGAACAGGUUGAUUACGAUUCAUGCUGAUCUUGAAUCAAGGAAAAUCCCUGAAACACAUUUUAUCACUCCUCACCCGAAUCUCGAAAAGCUUUUAGAAAAGAACGAUAAUAAACCUGAACCUUUGCCUGGCUUGCUGCAAUGUUUGAGGCAAAAACCCGAAGGAAAACCUUCUAAAGUAAUUGCGGACAAAGACUCGCCUGAAAUUGUGCUGAAGACUGUUGGCCCAAGAGUCACGUAUCAUAAGUUGCCUAAGAAGAGGAAAGUUGUGGAGGACAGAGGAGAACAAGAGCUUAAAAAAAUGGAAGAUGAAAUAUCAGAUUUGGGGAAGCUUCGGGGUAUUGUGCAUAUGAGGGAUUUGAUAGCGAGGAUGAGAGUAGAACCAACAUCAGGAUUCAUUUAUUUGGUGUACGCUCUUUCCAAAGAAGACAUUAAUUUCCACCCUUUUUGCUACCAGAUUGUUUCAUUUUAUGAUGUCUCAGGAACAGCUGGAAAACAUUUCUUAACAAUGAGUAAUCAAGGUGUUAUUCAGUGUGUAUAUGGAGAAUCCACCUUUUACUCAAUGGACGAGUGGGAUAUUGAUUAUUCAAAUUGGGUUGAGUUGAUUAAGACAAGAACUUUUUGGCAGUUUCAACUCUACAAAUAUUUCACUCUCUGGAGGAAAAAAAUCACAACUAGGAAGUUUGUUGAAAACCAAACUUCGCUAGAGGCCUCAUUGAUUAUGGUGAGGCCUGAACUCCGAAAUGCUCUUCAGCAGACUCAAAGUGUAUGUGAGUCCCUUUCCAAGGAGUCAUUCUUCGUGAGUUCUGGCUUGGAAAAACUCAAUUUGGAAGAAUUCAUGAAUAUUCAGGUGAGUCAUUUAUCUUCUGGGUCUUAGAAACAUUUUAACUUGAUUUUUUUCAGAUCGAACAAAUCAAUCAAGUGCAAACCAAAUUGAGCGAGUCAAGACAGUUGAUUAAGCAAAUUCUUGACAACAGUAGUCACGGAGAUUUACUGGAAAUGGGAUUUACGCCUGACGACAGCAACUUGAAAGUUGAUUCAACGCUCAUAGGUACAAGCUUUUUUUGUAAUUUUGUCAUUUUCAAUUUUCUCUAGACAUUUAUAAAAUACUAAAUAAGUACGCUUUAUUUUAACAGGCACUGCAGCAAUGAUUGGCAUUGAGACAACAGAGGACGGACGCUACAAGAUGUCAUUUGAUGAUAGAAGAGCAAAGAAAAAACAGUGUAUAAAGAUUUCAAGGUAAAUUCAGCAAUUUUUGUCCUUUUUGAUAUUCUUAUAUUUCACAUUCAUCUUUUGUAGAUGCCUAGGAGUUGCAGAUUAUUUGGUUCAAGCGUUUUUGAUUAAACUCCUAAGAAGAUCGCUAAAAAUCUUAAAAAUGACACUGUGCAAUCACAUCAAAUAUCUUCCUGAGUUGCCAAUGUUAGAAAACGUUCCUCCCUCUCUAAUUGUUGAAAAUGCCAGAACUGAAGACCCUAAGGUGUGUUGGCUGUAUUUUCUUAGGUUUCAUGCCAACUUUCAUUAUUUUCUCUUUUAUAGAAUCCUCUCUUUCUUGUUAAUCUUCUUAUGGGGGAAACGAAUGUCGAGCUGUAUCCAGAGCCCGAAGAUUGGAUAAACAGCGUAAGCACAGUAAUAAAUAAGUGGAUUUCCACUGUUCUCGCUGUGAAGACAUUCCAAGGUGAUCCCCAUUUUGAGGUGUUCACCAGGCCAACCAUUUGUGAUUUUCAAGAAGAAAGGCUUUGUGGUUAUGGCCCAAAUAAAGAGUUUGUACUGUCCAUUGACAAAUGUAUUGAAAAAAGAAAAAAG